AUGUUGGAUGGACGAAUGUUGAGCGGUACUGCAGGUUUUAUACUUUACAAGCUUGACUCGACCUGGCAUUAUAACCCUCCUAUCAUCGGCUCCGACAACUUCGUGGGCAUUGAUGGAAUGCGCGCUCAUCGCGCAGGCCGCAGUCAACUCCGUCUUGGGUUUUUUCACAAAUCGAUUCCAAGCUUCGCCAGCGCUAUUCUUACCGUGUUGAUACGUUUGUCAUACUUAUGGCGUAUAGGUCGUACUGCCCAUCCAUCAGGUCCAUACAUUUUUACCAUUGUGAAGACGUACGUACUAUCUAGCCUUGGACCCAGGGUUACUUUGUAUCCAUCGUUUUUCGAAGAAACAUCGAUCUUCAAGACCUCAGACUACAGUGCUCAUGAAUGUUGA